AUGGCGAGACUCACUAAUGAUGCCGAUUACGAUGCCGGCGAAACGUCUGGUAAUGUACCACGUCCACGGCUCAACUUUGGAAAUGAUCAUGCAGACAAUGGACCCCGGACUAGGUGCGUUCCAAUAAGUCUUCCUACCAAUGUGACCAUUCAGGACAAGGUGCGUUUCUAUAAGUCUUCCUACCAAAAUGACCAAGGAAAUGAUCAUGCAGACAAUGGACCCCGGACUAGUAUGAAAUCUCGCUCUGAUGAUGUCUGUCACAGUAAGGACGAAGGCUUAGGAGAAUUGCAAUGGGGUCGCAGGACGGCGAGCCGAGGACUUCUUCGUGCAAUUCAACAGUCCUACGUGUGCGGCAAUCCUCCUUUGGUUUCAGGUAAGGCCACAUCCCGAAUUCCUUCCAACCAAAUCUCCUUUAGAAAUGGAGAGUCAUGCCACAAUAUUUCAUUAAGAAAUUUUUCGAAACCCAGUUUUUCUUCUUAUUAUGCAAAAAGGCUUUGCUAA